AAAAAAAAACUUUAUCGAUCUCCUGUGGAACAGUUGUUCUACCCAAAAGCUUUCUCGAUCUCCCUCGUCUCCUCUGGCUUCGUAAGUUUGUCUCAUAUCCUGUCUUUCGAUCCGAAGAAUCAUCUUUGCUUCUGGGUUGGUUAAGUUGCAAACGGAUUAGCCCUAAUUGAUUUGGUAUGGAUUCGUCUAGAGAAGAUUUGAUCAGCAAUUUGCCAGAUGAGAUUCUCGGCAGAAUCCUGUCUUUAGUUCCGACAAAAGUGGCUGCUUCCACAUCUGCUCUGUCCAAGAGGUGGAGGAAUCUGUUGUGUCUUAUCGACAGCCUUUGCUUUGAUGAGUCGGCGGUUGUUUAUCCCAACGAAGAAGAAACAACAAGUGGUUCACAUCGAUUCUUAGAUUUCGUCGAAAACACUUUUGCUCUGCUAAGCAAAUCUCCCAUCAUCAAGAAACUCUCUCUGAGUCGUGUACAUGUAUAUGGUCAUGGGCCUCAUGGCCACAGCGUUGACACAUAUUAUUUAUACGCUCGUGUCUGCAGUUGUUUCACGCGUUGGAUUACGACUGCAUUGGGACGUGGUUUAUUGGAGCUACACUUGCACGCCGCACGCUUUGCUGGUCUUGAAAUAGAAACAGAGUUGUUAACGAGCAACACACUUGUUAAGCUCACAAUAUCUUGUGAAUUCUUCAUUGAAGUUAAGCGUGUGUUUCUCCCAGCGCUCAAGUCACUGUCUCUCUUGUCAGUUUCAGGGCUCGAUCAUCCCAACUAUUGUCGGCUUAUCGAUGGCUGCUCUCUGCUGGAAGACCUAUAUAUACGUGAUGGUGAUUAUCCUGUGCCGCCAGGUUGCGGUCUGCAUGUGCAAAGUGCAUCCAUCAAGCGACUUGUGGUUUAUACCGGUAUUACCGUUCCCAGCCACAGAGAUAGAUCCGGCUUUUACGGAGUGGUUUGUUUUGAUGCACCAAGUCUUGUCUACCUUGACUAUUCUAGUUAUGUCGCUGAAAAUUAUGAGUUUAUUGAUUUGGACAUGCUUGUUGAAGUUAGACUGAGUCUGAAGUUAUGGGAUUCCAUUACUGAUUAUGAUGAGGCGCCUAUAUUUGGUGAUGUUACAAAUCUAGUUCUUGGUAUAAGAAACAUUACAACCCUUCACCUCUCUCCAGAGUCCCUUGAGACGUUUCAUUUCUGCUGUAAAUCCAUGCCUGUGUUCAGUAACCUCCUUAAGUUAUCUAUCGAGAGUGACAAGGAGAAAGGUUGGCAAGCAAUGCCACUUUUGCUCAAGAGUUGUCCAAAUCUAGAAACCUUAGUCAUCAAGGGUCUUGUGCACAGGGUAACAAAUAGAUGCGGAGAUGCAUGCCCUUGCAUCUUCAAGAAGCAGAAGAAUAAGAGAGCGAAUAAAAAGAGGAAAAUUGUGAAAGAGGAGGAGAUAGUAUGCUGUUUAGAGACAUGUCAUGUGAAGGUGCUAGAGAUAUCAGAGUAUGGAGGUUCUUUUCAAGAGCUGAAACAGAUGAGACAUUUCUUAGGCAAGUUGGAAUGUCUUGAAACUGUGAAAGUUGCUUUUAACUCAGACAACAACAACAACCGGGAGUUCUUGUGGGCUAACCUGCUUGCUCUCCCCCGAGUUUCAUUAAAGUGCAACCUCCAUUUCAUAUGAUUUUUUUCUUGAUUUGGUGUGUUACUGUGAUUGUAACUUAACAUGAAUAUUUGAUUUUAUCAUAAAAUUUGUUCCUGUAAAUUCAUACAUGUAAGGAAGAAUAAAUUUUACAAGUUAUUGCAAGGGAUCCUCUUAGCUUCUU